AUGCAUUUCUUUACCAAGACCUCUAUCGCCCUUACUGUGGCACUCGCGGCUUUCUCUGAUGCGGCCUCCCACGGACGCCACAGAUACCGCCAUUUCAACCGCCAGGUCGGCACUGCCCCCAGUGUGCCAUUGAGCACUGGCUACCCUUCACCAACUGGCGCGGUUCCAGAGCCCCCAGUUCAAAAGCCAGUCGACUCUUCCUCGGCCGGAAUCACCUCGAUCGUUGUCCCGACUGGAACGGGAACCAACCCCAAGCCAACUCAGUACCCAAGUGUUGUUGAAGUCACAUCGACUGUAACUUACAUUGUCGGCUCUGGACCACGCGCCAGUGUCACGACAUACACUUUCACGACCACUGCACCGCUAGCUAUUGAGACUCAAACCCUCAUUCCUACUCCCGCCGGCCCAUCAAAGAAUAACGAGCCAACUGAAUACCAAACCACCACCAUCUCAAGCACUUCCACCACCACCUCUUGGGUCACCGUCAGCUCCUCCUGCACCACCUCCGCUGCAGGCGGCUCAGGAAGUGCCCCAACCGACGUUCCAAAGGGCCCAUCUGGCGGCUCCGGCCCAGUUGGUGGCCCAGGUGCUGAUUCUUGCCCUGCCCCUGUCACCGUUACCGUUACACAGGCAACUGCCACUGUUACUGAGACAGUUACUGUCAACCCUCAAGCCCCAGAGCAAACCAGCGGCCAAAGCCAGGGUGGAAACGCCCCUGCUCCCACCCACGACGCACCAGUUGUGAAGGCUCCUGAGGCUUCCCACUCCAAGCACCACAAGCCCACCCACUCCAAGCACGGCAAGCCAUCCACCGAUGCUCCAUACCCAACCCCUAGCAACGGUAUGCCUGUCCCCCAUGGCACCGGCACCGGCACCUACCACUACCCAGCUGCCACUCCCAGCGGAUUUUAG